AUGAUAGUCGCAAGAUUAUGUCAAGAUUAUAAUAGGAAAUUAAAAAAAAAAAUUGAACUAUGUGAACCGAUAAAUCAGGGGAAGCAGACGAAGCCGUUUGAAUUCGAAGCCAACUAUUUGAACGACAUCGUUGCUGUCUUCUUUGUUGGACAGCAAAUUUUGACAAAAACUACGUCGUCCCACUUAUCUACGCCAACAGCGGAGGUUCAGUGCACCCCCUCUCCCAUUGGCUUCUCUCAUAUUCUUCAGAUAAGCUCGACACCUCCUGUCUCUUUCAAACCAAUAGCUUCUUCGCAUCCAGACCUUGUAUUCUUCAGACUGUCCUGUCAGCCCAACAGCUUCUUCACACCCGACCUUGUAUACUUGAGAGUGCCCUGUCGCCAUGGCUUCAACAAUCCCAUGUGGGUCUUGGCCAGUGAAACGCGUGAUGGACCAAUGAAAAAGAUGGGGAUGAGUGAUGAGGAUUGCGAAGCUGCCGUGGUGGCCGGAAAUCCACCGGAAGCACCUCCGGUGCCCCCGAAACCAGCUGCACCCAUUGGGACUCCUGUCGUGCCUUCACUUCCACUCAAUCGGCGCCCUCGACGCAAUCGUAAAUCAUUGGCGAUGAGAGCAGCCUUCCAAGAAACGACGUUAGCACCUGCUAACUUUGUUUACCCACUUUUUAUUCAUGAAGGUGAAGAGGACACACCUAUUGGAGCUAUGCCUGGAUGUUAUAGGCUUGGAUGGAGACAUGGACUUGUGGAAGAGGUGUCAAAGGCCAGGGAUGUUGGUGUUAACAGUGUCGUGCUCUUCCCAAAAGUUCCAGAUGCUUUAAAGUCUCCCUCAGGAGAUGAAGCAUACAAUGAAAAUGGAUUGGUGCCUCGAGCAAUUCGGUUGCUUAAAGACAAGUACCCUGAUCUUGUUAUAUACACUGAUGUCGCUUUAGAUCCAUAUUCCUCAGAUGGACAUGAUGGUAUUGUCAGAGAAGAUGGUAAGAUAUAUUUUUUUGCUUCUCUAAGUUCAAGGAGUGUUCUAUUGUUAUAUUUUUACUACAUUUUCUUUAGAUCCUUUUAUGAGGACAUUUGGAAAAAGAGUCGAGCAAAAAAAUUCAAAGUAAAUUAA